AUGCAUCGGGCCGAGAAGUCCAGCAGUAAAAUCUGUCGAGCUCGCGAGGUGGAGAAGGCGCAGGAGCUUCACCGACGGAAGAUCGAUGGGGUCAAGUCGUAUCUCUGCGGUAUUAUCCCCAAGCCAGCAGCGUCCCGGACAGCCGCCUCUUUCCGCCCGAGGCCGCCAAAAUCGAUGCUUGGCAGCUUUUCCUCCCAGAGUCAGGCGCUGGACGAGUUUCAGCACUCACUGGCGAAAAUGGCCGAGUUCCGGGGAGUGGCGCCCGUUCCUGGCUUCGGCUCCAGCAAGCAGCUCGCUGGUAAAUUGGCCCCACCGCCAGCAGACUCGAGGAAGAAAUCAUUGAACGGGUCGUUCCGUGCGAGGCGCCUGAAGGAGAUCAAGGCAGACAACGCCGAAGUGUUCGAGCGCAUCCGGAAAAGUGUUGCCCACUAUCGAAACGACGAUCUUCGGCGCGAAUGGCAGCAAAAUCUGUCCUACCUGGCCUCGAUCAGCGAGUUUCCAGUCGCAGCGGACGUCCUGGCUUCUCCUACGAGCACCCACAAGCAACACCACGACGAUAACGACAGCCGGAACUGCUUCGGCCCAUCGCCGAGGCGACCAAGCUUCUUGAAACCCACCACGCGAACGGAGCCACUGCCCAGCAUCCCGGUGGUUGCCCACCCCAUCAAGUCAAUCCCGACAUCCCCCAAGAAACUGCAGUUGAACAUGACCCCUGCCUUCCGGUCGCUUCGGAAGGCGAUGCCCCAGCAGCCGUCGCUCCCUCCGAUUUCUUCGCCACACAGUGUCAUCAAUGCCGGUGGAUCAACCGAUUUCAGCUCGAGUGUAAGCAAUGAUCUCUUGUCGUCGCCUAGGGGACGGAACACUUGCCCCAGCAGCCCUGGCGUCGACGACCACUUCAAUGAAAGCACUAUGGGUCGCAGUCUGCCACAUCGAAGCUCCACUGCAGUCGCGGCGACCAAGUUCAUCGGGGACCUCCAUGAUAGACAAGCGGAGAACGAGAUCUCGGGCGACGCCAAGUACCAGCUACUGAAGACCGGGCGCUUCGUGGGCGGCACUUAUCUGGUCUUGACGGUGUUCUGUGGAGAUGGCGUCACGAAUCCGUACGGAUUCGACGUCUUCGCGUACCAGCGCGAGUUGCAGUGCGAGUACAAGCUGAGCAUCACCAAGGAGAUGACACACGAGCUCCUGGACAAGAGCAGCUCGUCGUUGUUAGCGGCCGAGACCGCCGCCGCCGCGGGGACGAACUUGUCCAUGCAGGAAAUCGCACGCAACAUCUGCGAUCACAUCAACUUCGCCCUGCUUGGAGCUGACCAGGGUGAGAUGAUCUUCCUCGCCCCCUCCGUUGCAAGGAGAUCCGACCAAGCGAUGCGCUUCGAUGCGUCGCCAGGUCUCGUGGCGUUCUGUGUGCACCAAACCGUCGAGUUGGAGAGCGAUGACACACAAUACACCGGUCGCACUACCGGAUCAAGCAACAAGAGAAGACUGCACGUAUUUGCAUCUACCUGUCCACCCCAAAGCUACCCCACAAGUCGCGGGGCAGCCAAGAAUGUUCGAACAACGGGGACAUCAGGACUCAUGGUCAGUUUUCAAGUCACGGAGAAGCUGCCUCCGUCACGGUGCACGGCGUCAUCCGAGUCCUCUGAGCCGUGCAGUUCAGCUCUCAGAGUUGAAGUAGCCAUCGACGAUCUCUACAGCACCAUUCUGUUCGACUCGUGGCGGGAUCAGCACCGUGUACUGAGCAUGGAUCGAGCGAUAGUCGCUGCCAUUCAGCACCUCCACGUCAUUUCCGUUCCCUGUGGCGACGAGAUUGGCAGUUUGAGGGACGAGCUGAUCGUUAACUCGCACGUGAACACGCUCCUCUAUCCGUGCUCGAGUCGGCCGUGGGGUGCAGCGACACUGGAGAAGAAGCGGUCAAGACAGCAACUCCCGCACUCAACGUCGCAGUUGUUCACUCACCCGAUACGAGCGACGAUUCUGAUCCAGUCCGGGUUGAUCUGGAGGAACGCAUACCUCCUUGCUGAAGUCGCGCUUGAUAACGCUAAGGACACGAGUUACACUGAGACUUGGUCGCAUCAGCAGAGUCGGCGGAAGUUGAUCCAGGACAUCGAUUACAGCCUAGUUGUGAGCGUCUAUAAUGCCAACUCGGGCUACUCCUCGAGUCGGAGGCUUCCACCCGAGCGAGUCAACUCGUUGUUGGAACGGAUCGAAGCCUUGCCGAGUCAAACCAAAGCGGGCGUUGGACUGGCGGACAAGUGCAUUAGCGACCAGUACACUUUCGCUGAGUGUCUGCUGGCGUUUCUUCAGCUGGACGUGGACUUGUUCGGCAACGAG